AUGGAUGAGACAGGUAGCACAACAAAUAACGAGGUAGAAGCUGUAAACAGUGUUUCAGAAGCUGAAAACAAUGUUCCAGAAGCUGAAAGCAAUAUUCUAGAAACUGUAAACACAGCUCCAGAAGCUGAUAGCAAUAUUACAGAAGCUGUAGACAAUAUUCCGGAAGAUGUAAACAAUGUUCCAGAAGCUGAAAACACAGUUUCAGAAGCUGAAAACAGUAUUCCAGAAGCUGUAGACAAUAUUCCAGAAGCUGAUAGCAAUAUUACAGAAGCUGUAGACAAUAUUACAGAAGCUGAAAACAAUAUUCCAGAAGCUGUAAACACAGUUCCAGAAGCUGAAAACAAUAUUCCGGAAGCUGUAAACAAUGUUCCAGAAGAUGUAAACACAGUUCCAGAAGCCGUAAACAGUGUUCCAGAAGCUGAAAACAAUAUUCCGGAAGCUGUACAUAGUGUUCCAGAAGCUGUAGACAAUAUUCUAGAAGCUGAAAACAAUAUUCCGGAAGCUGUAAACACAGCUCCAGAAAUUGUAAACCAUGUUCCAGUAACAGAAAGCAUGCCUCCACCAAGUUUCAGUUUCGCGGAUCCAGUGGCCAUUAGUGUACAGAAUGCGCCUCCACCAAGUUUCAGUUCCGCGGAUCCAGUGGCCAUUAGUGUGCAGAAUGCACCCCCACCAAGUUUCAGUUCCGCGGAUCCAGUGGCCAUUAGUGUGCAGAAUGCGCCUCCAUCAAAUUUCAGUUUCACGAAUCCAAUGGCCACCGGUGUACAAAAUGUGCCACCACCAGCAUACACACCUUACGGGCAGUUCGCACUACCUCCAGCUGGUUAUCCUCAAGCUGGACAGCCUCAAGUUGGUUAUCCUCAAGCUGGUUAUCCUAAAGUGAAUCAAGCACAGCCGCAGCGAAUGCCUAAUAAUAUGGUGUUUGCACCUAAUCAAGGUGCUGCUAACGUCAACGAUUUCCUGGCAUGGUCAAUUUUUAACUGUCUAUGUUGUUUAUGGCCUUUAGGCCUCAUUGCCAUAUGUUUCUCAUGUAUCGUAAUGGAAAAGAAGAAAGGUAACGAUGUGCAGAGCGCUAAGUCGCUGUCAAUAGUAACUGCUGUAUUGAACGUCAUUGCUACUAUCGGUGGUAUUGGUAUGCUUAUCUAUUUCGGCAUGAACUAUAGUAAGCUUUGA